GGGUGGCUUUUUGUUGACAUGAUCAACAAGACCAACAUGAGUGCCUGAGUUACUGAUUACAUGUGAUUUUAUAAUUUGGAGAUAAGACUUGGGCUUUAAACACUGAUUCCUGCCAGUUAGGACAAGCCAUCCAGCUGGGAUCCUUUAUACUGGGACGUCACUCCUUCAGGGCUAUUGGGAUCGUUUUGUUCCUGCUUUCCUCUCUCCAGUUGAACAGGAAACGGCAUCAUGAGCGUGGAGUCCAAAAAAACACGCGAGGCCUGUUGCUCCAAGCUCAAGCUGUUCCUUGUCUCUUUGGCAUUUGUGUACUUUGCCAAAGCUUUUGGCGGUGCUUACAUGAAGAGCUCCAUCACCCAGAUCGAGAGACGCUUUGACAUCCCCAGCUCUCUGAUUGGGGUCAUAGAUGGCAGCUUUGAAAUGGGAAACUUGCUGGUAAUUGCCUUUGUGAGCUAUUUUGGUGCAAAGCUCCAUCGUCCCAGGCUGAUUGGUAUCGGCUGCUUGGUCAUGGCCACUGGAUCCUUCAUUGUUGCACUGCCGCACUUCCUACAGGGCCCGUAUAAAUAUGAGACCAGUAUGUCACACAACACUCAGGUCAACACCACUGAAAACAUCCUGCCAUGUUUGUCUAACCACAGCCUGAAUGAGAAGGAUGGAAUCCCCGAUGUAGAAGCCAUGAAAGCUUGUGAAAAGGCAGUUGGCUCUUCCAUGUGGAUCUAUGUUUUCCUGGGAAACAUGCUGCGUGGAAUUGGAGAGACUCCGAUCAUGCCUUUGGGAAUAUCCUAUCUGGAUGACUUUUCCAAACACGAGAACACUCCUUUCUAUUUGGCCUGCAUUCAUACAACAGGAAUAUUAGGUCCUAUGUUUGGGUUCAUGCUGGGGUCCUUCCUCGCCAAGACCUACGUGGACAUUGGAUUUGUCAAUUUAGACAGCAUCACCAUCAACUACAAGGACUCUCGCUGGGUGGGAGCCUGGUGGCUGGGCUUUAUCUUGACUGGCACAGUGAUUCUGCUGUCGAGCAUCCCCUUCUUUUUCCUGCCCAAGUCUUUGCCGAAACAGGGGGAGGAGGAAGAAGAUGGCAACAAAAGUACAGAGCUAGCUUCUGGGCCAGAACAGGAGAGCUUCCUGCCAGAUGAAACCCAAGAUGGUGGAGAGAAAGAAAAGACUGUCACAUUUAAGGAAAUGGCUAAAGAUUUUGUUCCUUCACUGAAGAGACUCUUCAGGAACAGCAUCUACACGAUGAUGAUUCUCACCCACUUGGUUGCGGUCAACGGUUUCAUUGGCAUGAUCACCUUCAAACCUAAAUUCAUGGAGCAGAUCUACGGCCAGGCGGCAUCCAAGGCCAUUUUUCUCAUAGGCAUCAUGAACCUGCCCGCAGUCGCUCUGGGCAUCAUCACUGGUGGUUUUAUACUGAAACGUUUCAACCUGGGUGUCGUUGGAGCAGCCAGAGUGUCCAUCUCUGCAUCUCUUGGAGCCUUUUCUUUGCUUACCCUGCAGGGCUUCUUCCACUGUGACAAUGCAGAGGUGGCUGGUUUGACUGUUGCGUAUCAAGGUUAUCAACAGGUAUCCUACAAUUAUUCCACACUUUUGUCCCCGUGCAACAUGGGCUGUUCCUGCUCCAUGAAGCACUGGGAUCCUGUGUGCGCCUAUAACGGCAUGACGUAUGCCUCCCCCUGCCUGGCUGGAUGUCAGACCUCCACUGGGACAGGAAAAGCAAUGGUGUUUCACAACUGUACCUGUGUUGGGGACUUCAUGACUCCUGCUGCGAACAUGUCUGCUGUGCUGGGCCAGUGUCCGAGGAAGAGCGAUUGUGAUUAUAAAUUUAAAAUCUACAUGGCUUUGACGGUGGUGGGAGCUUUCAUUUCUGCCUGUGGGGGCACACCGGGAUUUAUUGUGUUACUCAGAUCCAUCCAACCAGAUCUGAAGUCUUUGGCCUUGGGUAUGCAGACCCUGAUUGUGAGAACUCUGGGUGGGAUACCUCCCCCGAUAUAUUUCGGAGCACUGAUCGAUCGAACUUGUUUGAAAUGGGGCACGAAGCAAUGCGGAGGACGCGGCGCAUGUAGGCUUUAUGAUUCCAACGCGUUUAGAAUGACUUUCUUAGGCUUGGUAACUGGACUGUACUUCCUUACCAAUGUGUUGUGGGGAAUUCUCUACGUUAAAAUCAUCAAGAGACAGAAGAAGCUAGCUCUGAGGAACCAGGCCAAAGACAACAAAGUGGAGGGUAACACACAGAACAAUGGGCAUGCAAACAUCAGCAUUUCUACGAACAAAGAAGAGGAUAACAAGGAGAGUUCGAUUUAACAUAUUACAAGACGGCCACAUCAUUGUGUAAAGAAGAUGGACCCAAACUGGAUCAAAUGUGGUAAGGUACAGUUUCAUCACUGUUUGGCCUUCCAGCAGCUCACCACUUUCUUCCUUCUAUUUUUCUUUUUAGAUAUAAAAGUCAAAACUUGAGCAAUUACCUUACAUUAAAAAAUAUGUGAUCUUUGUCCAGUCAGUCAAAGUAGCUGGUUUGAAACUCAACUCACUUUUCAUGGAGUUCAGUUUUAAAUAGAUGUAUAUAAAAUACUAAAAACAUUUUUAAAAUGACACUCAUUUUAAAAGUUUUACACACUGCUGAAGCUGAAAGACUCUUGAUUCUUUCAUGAGUCAUUUUAAUGUGUCUUUUUUCUUAAUCACUGGAGGUCAUUAGUCUUGGUACCGGUGUUUUACCUCACUUCCUGAAACCAUUUUUACAAACUUUUACCAUUGAUAAGCAGUUAAUCUUUAUUUUAUUUUAAAGUCAAGUAAAAAUCCUGAAAUGUGUCCCAACAAUGCAUUGUGUGUCAAUGUAAUUGUUAUGUACUACAUUACAGUUUUUUGUUAAACAACUUAGUUUUAAUUUGCAACAAGCUGCAGUCAAGAUAUCUUCUGAAAUAUAAAUGUUGUAAAGUGAGUCACUGUUUGGAUUGUGAACUGCAAGCCCUGGACUAAGUACUAAACUUGUUUUUGUAAUUUACUUUCUUAAUACUUUAUUGCAACCAUAACAUCCAGUCACACAGCAAUGACUUAAUAAUCACUGUUAAUAAUUUGGAUUUAUAAAGAAUGUUAGAUGCUUGUUUAAUAUGUCAUAUAUAUUGCUUAAGGUUCUCUUCUUCCACUCUCUCUGUAUAGUUGAAUAUACAUUAAAGACAAUAAGUUCAUUA